CCUAUGGAGACAGACCCUUACGGAAAGUCAAACGUUAAAUGAUUGGACUGUACAAUCGUCGCAUGGACCAUUAAAGAAAGUUAUCAAGACAUCUGACAGCUGUUAGCAAAAUAAUUAAUCUGAAAUUGAAGUCGUACAGUGAAUCUAAACAUGAUGAAUCAAUCAUUAACAGACCCUCUGGUUUUCUCAGAGGAAGAUGUCGAAGGUGGAGGAAAGGAAGGACGCUCUAGUGGUUUACAGAAUGACUUCGCAUAUCAUAACAAUGUUCAUAAUGCAUCAGUUAAAAUUCGAAUGGCUUUUAUUCGUAAAGUAUAUGGAUUACUUAGUAUGCAGUUGUUUAUGACAGUGAUUAUAGCUGCAGUAUUUUGUCUUGUUGAUCCUAUAGAACUUUAUGUAGCCAACAAUGGCUGGCUUGUAAUGACAUUUUUUUUGGCAACUUUUGUCCUUCUUAUUGCUCUUCACUUCAAAAGAAGAGAUCAUCCAACAAACUUGAUUCUUCUAGCUGGUUUUACUGUUGUACAAGCAUGUUUGAUUGGCAUAGUUGUGAGUUUCUAUGAUGUGCUUCUAGUUUUAGAGGCUCUUUUCAUAACUCUGACAGUUGUGAUUGCUCUCACUGCAUACACCUUCCAAACAAAACAUGAUUUCUCUGCAAUGUACAGUGGACUUUUCAGUUGUCUUUUCAUCUUAAUGAUUGGAGGAUUACUACAGAUAGCUAUUCCAAGUAGUUUCAUGGAGCAAUUGCUUUGCAUUGGAGGUGCAAUGCUGUUCUCAUUCUUCAUUGUAUUUGAUACUCAACUCUUAAUGGAAAAUUUAUCUCCUGAAGAGUAUAUCUUAGCCACAAUUAAUAUUUAUUUGGACAUCAUUAAUCUAUUUCUUAAUAUUUUACGUCUACUGGCUGCUUAUCAAAAUUCAUAAUUAAAAAUAUUUUGUGAUUUCAAAAUUAAUUCUUACACUUGUAACUUCUAUGUACUAAAACACCUACAGUUGAAGAUACAUUUCUCAAGAUAAAAUAUCCUUUUGACUACUAGUUUUCCAAACUUUGAAAUGAAAGUUUUUAAUUACUUGCAAAAUUAAAUAUCAGUUAUAAUUAAAUUACUACGUUAAAUCAUUUUAUGUACAUUUGUCAAUAAAUUAACAUAAGUAAAAUUCGACACUAUUUUAAUUGAUUAAGUUGAUUACAUCAGUAUUUCAAAAUAAAAAGUAGCACGUAUAUCUAUCUAAAAAUAAUAUACAGCUAUGAAAUAAAAUUGUAUUUUGAAACUGUUAUUCGUUUGAAAUAAUGUGAAAAUUUUAUUCAACUUUCUGUGACUUUUUAAAUUAUUCACCACA